AUGGCUUCCACCGCCCAGCCUCUUACUCGCAUCAAACUUCGUGGACAUCGAAGGCGCAGAGUUGCUGAUGUCCUCAUCAAUGCGCACCGAGUGAACAACAGCUCAGCACCACUGCUACGGAAAAGCCCAAAUAGAUCUUUGAUUCGGGUAGUCUGUAUUUCCGACACACAUAACAAGAACCCAACGGUACCCUUAGGAGAUAUCCUGAUUCACGCCGGAGAUCUAACAGAGAAUGGCUCCUUCGAGGAGGUGCAGAAUGGCUUGAGGUGGCUUUCAUCGCAGCCUCACAAAUACAAAGUGUUUGUUGCGGGGAACCACGAUGUCUUACUUGAUGAGGCAUUCCUUAUGAAAUAUCCUGAACGGCGCUAUGGGCAAAGCAAGACUAAGCAAGAUCUUGAUUGGGGAGAUGUGAUCUAUCUACAAGAUUCGGCCAUUACCUUGGAGAUCCCUGUGUGCACAAAUGAUGACGUUCAGGAUAUGAGGAAUCUAAAGAUUUUCGGCAGCCCAUGGACGCCACAGUAUGGAAUCUCAGCUUUUCAAUACCCCCCAAAUGAACCUCACCAUUGGGAUGAUAUAUUUGCGUCCCUCGAUAAAACUAGCCCGCAUAUUAUCGUCACCCACGGCCCGCCGCAUCUACACCUCGACCAGCGCGACUUUCAUCGUGCUGGAUGUCCGUACUUGGCGGAACAAACUUUCCGCCUUCGACCUCGUCUUCAUGUAUUUGGCCAUAUCCAUGCGUCAUACGGCCGUGAGGAUAUAGUCCUUGAUAGUGCACAGAGGGCCUAUGAAGAAGUGAAGACGGGAUGGACAGGCUGGGAAGGUGUUGCAUUGAUGGCCCUUAUGGUUGUCUGGGCUAGAGUAAAGCGCUUUUUCAUGGGGCCAAGCAAGCACAGUAUGACGACUUUUGUCAAUGCUGCGGUUGUUGGAGGUACCCAUGAUGAGCUACGAAAUGACGCAGUUGUCAUCGAUAUAUAG